UUUACGGUCACCAUUCUACAUCUCUCUCGGCAAUAAUUCUGGGAAGUGCUCAGGUUAUAAAAUCACCUGAUUUCUUGUAAUAAUCCACUUACAGUUAAGCUAAACAGUAAAAAAAAAAAGAAAAAAGAAAAGAAACCUUCAGUUAAUCACGUGUACUAGCACACUUGGACAAGCAAUUAUCUCCAAUGUUUAAACAGCAGAUUUGUUUAAUCCUCUGUUGACUGUAUUGCACACACACAGAGCAGUCUCACAGGUGAGGCAGCUCUGGAGAGAUGAGAAGCACACAGCUGGUGGAGGAGGAGUGAAGGUGGACAGAGAUGUGAUCAGAGUCCCGAUUCGUCAUGAUAUCCCUUUUCAGCAGCAACAAGUCUGAUACAACUGAAGGAGAGGUGUCCCUGGAGCUCCUGAAUCAGACAACACUAUUCUUCAGCCGCUUUGACAUCGGCGAGUGGUACUGCUACAUCCUGCUGGUGCUCUUCAUUUUCACUCUACCUGUGGGGAUUCUAGGAAAUGUAGCAGUGCUAAUCAGCUACUUUUGCUACAGGAAAACCUUGAGCGCCAGCAAUGUUUUCCUGUUAAACUUGGCUCUGUGCGACUCCGCCUGGAUCCUCACCCUCCCCUUCAGCCUCUACUUUGUCUACAUGAAGGCAUUACCCGCAGACAUAGAGGUCUUCUGUCAGUUCAAAAAGAUCUCCUUCAACAUCAACAUAUACGGCAGCAUAAUCUUCCUCACCCUAAUCAGUUUCGACCGCUACAUUGGGACGGUGCACCCCAUCAGCUCCCUCCGCUGGUGGAAUGUGGGUAAAGCCAAGCUGUGCUCAGGGUGUGCAUGGGUUGUGCUCAUCCUGACCUCCAUUCCUGACUUAUUUGUAACGUUUGCUGUUCAGCGUUCAGAAAACAUCACCGUUUGCAUGGACCACAUCCAUGGUCCGUUUCUCUACAUCAAGACAAUCACCAUUAUCCGAACAACACUUGGCUUCCUGCUACCAUUCAGUGGCAUGCUGUCUUUUUACAUUAAGACAGUUCGUGUUUUGAGGCGUCUCCCACGUGGUGGAAGGAACACGGGAGCCCAGCGAGCAGGAGGGAAGCCGCUGCGUCUCAUCACUGCCGCCAUACUGGUCUUUGCGAUCUCUUUCAUGCCCUACCACGUCAUGGUUAUCACCUUAAUGGUCAUGAGGAUCUAUAACCUGGUGACACCAUCUAACACCAACAUCCUUUACGCCACCUACGAGUUCCUUGAAGCCGUGUGUAGUUUAAGCAGCUGCCUGGACCCGGUGCUGUAUAUUAUAGCCAGUGAGCAAUUCCAGAAGAAGCUGCUAGCCUUUAAAAGAGACAGAUCCAGGAGGCUGUGCUGCAGAGACAGCAGGAGGGUCGGGGUAAUUGGUGACUAAAUCCAAUGGAUGAAUUUUUUUGGCUGGUUACUUUAAGUGACCUUGGCUGCAUCCCUCUUAAAUGUGUGCUAGUGGCAGAUGUUAAUGGUACAAUUAAUUUGGCCUAAAGUCUGUUGGCAAAUUACAGUAUUAUGGAGCAGAAAGUGCUGUAGCUGGCCAAUUGUGAUUCCUGUGACACCAAAGUAAAACCACAUCAGUGCCUGUUUUACACUUUAUUUAAACUUUAAAUUAGACUUGCCAUCAUACAACUUUUCGCUAUCAAAUAGUAAUGAUCAGCAUUCAGCAGUGGUUGUACCUUUAUCUGGUGAUUUACAGCUGCACCUAGAAAAAUAAGUGCAGUCCACUUCCAAUUGAAGCUUCCAGAGCCCAGUAUUCAACUGUAGUUUUAACAACCCAACAGUUCAAAUCCUCACAACACUAUAAAUUGUACAGAAUCCAGAUCGCAAGAGCUGCAAUAAUUUGAUAAAGGUAAAAAUAUGCCACAACAUACCAUUAAAUGAAGCAUUGGGCUGCUGAAGAUAUUCCCCAAACUAUAAAUUAUAUUCUCCAGACAUACAGGGAUGUGCUUGUUUGGUAGACAGCAGCAAAAAUCAUCAUUCAUUUUUUGGGAGGUGAGAAAAAACAAUGCAAAAAUUAUCAUCUCCCACUAAAAGUGUGACGCGUAUCACAAUAUCUGUCAAAAAUGAUUACAAAAUGUUUUGGGGUUUUUUGCAUAUCACAGUAGUGAUUUAAAAAUUUACUGAUUUGCUCAAUAACACAGACAGGUGACAAACUAUUUUGAAAAAAAAUGAAUAAAGGGUUGCAAAAUUUUAAUGAAUGAAGAUGCUUCCAUACAAAGCACAGAGCUCACUGAGUGGCUUCAUCAGUAUCAAAUUAUGUGAAUUUUUAUAGCUCUCUGGUGUUCAUGCCUCCAGAGUUACUGUUACUUAGAGUCCCAAUAAGCUGUCAAAAUAAGCAGCAAAGGUGUUCUAGCAGCCCAAGACCUUCCUAGCACGAUUUAUGCCAUUUUUACCUCAAACUGUCACCUAUCUAUAUACAGUAUGAGAAGUCUGACUCCUUUUUACCUCCUGCCACCUGCAUCGGAAAGCACAGGUGAAUCCUGUUAGUUAUUCGCAGUGAUGGCGGGAGUAAUUCCUGUUAUAGUCUUAUCAACUUCCUGUUCAAAUAUUUUGAUUGGACGCUGUCCAUGGAAAAUGUGAUCAAAAUCAGCAAUGAAAGAAAUGGACACCUGCCGUCAGGAAACCAAAACAUGGCUCAUGUUUGGUCACAUGGCAAGUGACAUCGUCAUAUCCAAUAUUGAUUCCAGAUAGCACAGUCUUUUCAUCACAAUCACUGCUCUGUAUUCAAGUCAUCCAUUCACACACAUUAUGUGCACAUUGAUGGGCUUUCAUCUAUUUUAGGUUUCAAUUUCAGUAUGCAGCACCUCUGUAUCCUGCUUUGAUUUCAAGCAGCAGAACAACAAUCAUGCCCUCCUUUGGGAUCCUAAUGAGCCUCCUCCCUGAAAGAAAACCCAAAGUACAGAGAGCCUGAGCUCCAUCUCUGUCUGGAUCUUAGCUUCCAUGCAAACGUUAGCAUACCCAUUCAUCACAUCACGCAUUUGCUAGGCUGCAGCAUCACUGCAGGCCACGGUGGAGGGAGGGGAGCUGUUGGUUGGAAAUAGCAAUGAGAAUGGCGACUAGUGUCCCCAGAGCUGGACUGCUCUGUAACUGAGAGUCUGGAUAAUAAAUCAGAGGUGGGAAGUGACAACAGAAGUCCCUCCGCAGGGAGAUUGCAGCAAGAAAAGCCCAGACACAGAGAGUUGGCUACUGGGUCACUGUAAUACUGUACCUGUUCCAGUAAGCGGCUUAGUACAUCACUUCAUUUUGUUAUUUAUGGCUUGGCUCCAGACCAAAAGGAGUCAUACAUUUCGAGUAAAUAAGCAAUUUCCUUUUGGCUGGUUUCCUUUGUUUGCUAGCCCUCAUCAUUAUUGCUUUGCGUUUUUGUCUCCCUGUCUGCUGUGCAAACACUUCUGCGUUUCAUCCUUGGUUGUGGGUCUGUGACAAUGAAAAAUUAUCUGUAGGUUUAUGAACUAUCUCAGGCCAUUUUUAACGUUCUUACCUCCUCACAAAAUAGAAGCCAAAUGGAACUUCUGCUGGCAUUAAUUGACAUUUAGGCCACUUGGGGGCAGCACAACAAGCUGCAAACACCACACUGACAUUAUCCAUCACAUAAUGAAGGUGGUAAUGUGAGGAUGCUAGAAAAAAAUUGCCCAUUUCCUCAUCAAUAGUGCAUAUCAACGGUUUUACUUUCUCUUUUCAGCACAAUUAAAGUCUCCACCACAUCCUGAGAAAAUUGUCUGUGUUGUGUUUUUAGCUGCAACCUCCUCCGCUGAAAGAAAAGCUAGUCGCUCAUUUAGUGAGUGCUGUUAUGUGCACGCAGAGCACAGAGAGUUCACCUGAGCUUCAGUGUUGAUGAGAGUGAUGGGAAGGGCCCGUGUAGUAAAGCUGCAGGCUAUCAAUCAAACCAAUCAACUCAGAGACACUAAAACUUGGAGUGGAACUGCACAUGAUCAUUCUGUACACCUCUCAGAGCACCAUACUAUAUCCUGAAGCUCAAGGUGAGGUCUUUAAAGUAGGGUAGUUCAUGAGGCACUACUAUCACAACAGUUGCCAACAAGAAAGAUAGCAUCACAAUAUGGCAAUUCUGCAAUAUUCAGAUCUGUCAUUGACAUCUGUCUAAUGGAAGAAGAAAAAAUACCCCUCAACAGGCAAAAAAAAAAAGAGCAGAAAUUGUGUAUUUAUUCAUUGGACUUUGGUGUCAGUGUGUGUAGCAUCACUGUUAUUCAAUUUUAAUAAUGUGCCAAAUCCUUUAAUUACCCCUUUGAUUUGCUUUGCCCCACUGUCGGCUAUUUUACUAUUUCUUCAGCACAGGUUAAUUAGUUUCUGUUCAUUUAACUACAUUCAUUUGACAAGCAUCACCAUGUUUAGUCAUGGAAUAGUGACUCUGGUGACCAGUGAACCUGGUCACAGGAAUCCAUUUGGGUGCACAUUUUAAUAAAAAUAGCAACAUUUGGCACCAGUGUAUCGAUACCGUAUCACAAGACAAAGUGAUACGAUAUAUGUUGGAUUUUGUCCCAUCCUCAUUGUAAAGUGUUCAUUGUUUUUGACAUCCCUUAUGGCAUGAACAUAUUGAGUUUAUUUACAGUGAUAGAAAACAAAAAUGGAACUGCAUCAUUCAACAAUUCCUAAUUAUUAAUAUAGCCUUUGUUGAACAACAUCCUGAUAAUAAAUUGUCAAGAAAACAGUUUGAGCACUAGCAUGAACAGAUGCAGAGACAUUAAUUCACUCUCGACUGCAACACAUCCUCUCGGAGACAAACACACACGAACAAUAAAAUAUCCCAUAGUCACGCACACACGCACACACGCACACACGCACACACACACAGCACAAAGCCUCCUAUCCUGCCACCCACACAUUCACUCCUACAAACACAGUCACUCCACUUUGACCCGCAGCCACACACUGCUGUACAUAAGCCAUCUCUGCCUUUGCUUGCCACAGUAACAACAUAUGACAGAACCCAGAUGGCAUCCUGCAGGCUACGAUCAUCAAGACCAGAGAGGAUGAGGAGGAUGAGAGGCACUCCACAGCAACAGAGCAACCACGACGUACCUCACGCUAACACACACAUAGACAAUCCAGUAGUCUUAACAGGCCUGUGAUCAGUAGAAGCGAGUUUUCACAUUACUGUCACCUUCUCUGGUGCCGCUCACAGUAUCUGAAGUCUCAAAUUACUUAUCCAAGCAGAGAAAAAGCGGUCAGAGUUUAUUGAAUGUAAGCGUCCAUAAUAACAUGCAAAUCAGAGUCUAAUCCGGUUAGGACAGUGCUCCACAUGGCUCAAAACUACCCUUCAAUUUACCUUUUAGAAUUCGUAAAGCCUUGGAGAGAGAGGUGAAUACAUUAUGUUAAUUUGGGGGCUGAGGUAGCAUGAGAGAGAGAAAUGAGAAGCUGUUUCACUUUUGCCAUUAUGGAGAUGGGAAGAGAGAGUCAUUUACUGCAAAGGUAAAUCUAAGAUAUGAAGCUUUAAUGCUGUAGUGCUGCACCACUGUGGGAAGAAAACCUGUGUAUGAGGCAUUUUGUUAUAAAUAUUACAUAACUUUGCACUGAAGUCAGUUUUAUUUGACUGAACUAAUGGGUGCUCCUCACAAAACGUGGCACCACAAUAAGACAAAAACUUAAGGAUUUAUUGGAAAACCCCGUGAACCUCAAGCAGUUUCUCUGUGUUUAGUUUUGUUGUUUUUAUUGCCCCAGUCACAUUUUUCUCACUUUGGGCUCAUGUUUGACUGCAACAUAAAAGCUUGUACCUCUAUGGAAACUGCACAACCAUAGCUGGAAGGAGAGAGGACUGAAACAUGCUUAUAGUGCAGUAUAAUUAUAUUGCCAUAAAUCAUAAAAUAUGAAAGUUGCAUUUCUUUGACUAUUUAUUUUACAGUUUAAAAAAGGAAUCAGCACUUUAAACAUUUUUCUCAGUGCUACUGGGUGUUGCCAACACUGGAAAAAGAAUACCGCUCUACAUACUGUCAAUAUUUUGCUACUUAGACUAUCAAUUUGUUUUCAUAUUUGUAUCCCAUCUGCUUUGUGUGAAAAACACCGAAUGGAGUUCAGCUGAAAAGUCCCUGAAUUUUUGUCACUGCUGAGUCACUACUGGCUUCCCAGUGGGACCACUGAGUACAGAGUUGUUUAUUUUCAAUAAAAUCUGAUGCAA